AAUCGAUCCGGAUUGAACUGAACUGAUUGGAACGGGGCCACUUCCCGACGCACACUGUUGAGCUUUGAAGAAAGAGAUGCAUUCGCAGAGCCGAAUUUUGCAUGCAAGUACAUCAUUCCAUCCGACGAGUCCGGUUCGGUACUGACCCGGAGCAAGUAAGACAAUAAGCGCAGACUAAUAUCUAAAACAGGAGCGAGAUUUAUCCUUUUGAGACACAACUAACGAGUGAUGGGCAUUGUUCGGUGAGAAUUGCGAUGUGGGCGGUGGACCACGGCCUUGUGAGAGGCUAAGGAGAACAGCCAAGUCUGGGGAUAUCCGAGAAGGCCAGCGCUGAAAAGCGGGCUCGGGAGAGAUUGACCAAAGCAAGGCCCCCUUGUUAGUUAGCGAGCCGCCUGACAAAAAGACUCGGAACUGGCGUCCCAUCACCUCCUUCCGGCGACGAAACGAAGGCGAGAGACGGGGAUUUGGCCGAGGCCUGGUCUAGGAAUGUGGGGCUAGCUAGGCAGGAAGGGCGAGACGGGAGACAAGAGAACAGUGGCAAAGCAAACCAAAAAAGACCGAGGGAAAAGUGGCAUCCGCACCACAGCCAUGAUGGAGGAGCUGCACAGCCUGGAUCCUCGCAGGCAGGAGCUCCUGGAGGCGCGAUUCACGGGGGUCGGCGUGGCUAAGACAGCUCGCCUUGCUGAUGUGACUCAGGGCUCCGGACCGAAUGAGUCGUCCAAUCAGAGUGUGUGCAGCGCUGGCUCCCUCAGUGACAAGGAGUUGGAGACUCCAGAGAAGAAAUCAAAUGACCAGAGGACGCGCAAACGAAAAGGAGACCCUUUCGACAGCCAAGGGAAAACAGGAGCAAGAGGGCACAAAAUAAGCGAUUAUUUUGAGUUUGCGGGUGGUAGUGUUGCUGGCACUAGUCCAGCGCGUGGUAUUCCUCCGGUGGUCCGCUCCUCUCCACAGCACUCCCUGUCCAACCCUCCUGCUGCAGUGCAGCAGGGAAGCCCUUCCUCCAUUGGUUCAGCAAACACAGACCACUCCCACUCUUCAUGUUCUCUCAAACCAGCCCUUACACACACCCAGCACAGAGCAACGCAGACGGAACUGACCCUGGAUAAAAUCGCGGCGUUGGAAAGCAGUAAGAGUUCUGACCUGGAGAAGAAGGAGGGCCGGAUAGACGACCUGCUCAGGGUGAACUGUGACUUGCGCAGACAGAUUGACGAGCAGCAGAGGAUGCUGGAGAGGUGUAAAGAACGCCUCAACAAAUGUGUCACCAUGAGUAAGAAACUGCUCAUCGAAAAGUCGAAGCAGGAGAAGAUGGCGUGUCGGGAUAAAAGCAUGCAGGAUCGACUGCGACUCGGACACUUCACCACAGUCCGACACGGAGCCUCCUUCACCGAACAGUGGACAGACGGCUACGCUUUCCAGAACCUAGUCAAGCAGCAGGAGCGAGUAAACAGUCAGAGAGAGGAGAUUGAACGACAGAGGAAGUUAUUGGCCAAGAAGAAACCGCCCACCGUGGCUCAAACCCCGCCCCCAAGCCUGGAGCCCAACAAACGCAAGAGCAAGAGCAACGGCGCAGAGAGUGAAAUGUUGUCGUUAGCCGAAUACCACGAACAGGAGGAAAUCUUCAAACUGAGGCUUGGUCACCUCAAAAAGGAGGAGGCUGAGAUUCAGGUGGAGCUGGAGCGGUUGGAACGCGUUCGGAAUCUUCACAUCCGAGAACUUAAGAGAAUCCACAACGAAGACAACUCUCAGUUUAAGGACCACCCCACACUAAACGACAGGUACCUUCUGCUGCAUUUGCUGGGCAGAGGAGGGUUCAGUGAAGUCUAUAAGGCCUUUGACCUGACGGAGCAAAGAUACGUCGCUGUGAAAAUCCACCAGCUGAACAAGAACUGGAGAGAUGAGAAGAAAGAAAACUACCACAAACAUGCUUGUCGAGAGUAUAGGAUCCAUAAGGAACUGGAUCAUCCCCGAAUAGUCAAACUCUAUGACUAUUUCUCCCUGGACACAGAUUCGUUUUGCACGGUGCUGGAGUUCUGUGAGGGGAAUGAUCUGGAUUUCUACCUGAAGCAGCAUAAGCUCAUGUCAGAGAAAGAGGCUCGCUCCAUCAUCAUGCAGAUAGUCAACGCCCUCAAAUACCUGAACGAAAUCCGCCCUCCCAUUAUUCACUACGACCUCAAACCAGGUAACAUCUUGCUGGUGAACGGCACAGCGUGUGGGGAGAUAAAGAUCACAGACUUUGGCCUGUCCAAGAUCAUGGACGAUGACAACUACGGGGUGGACGGCAUGGAACUAACCUCACAGGGAGCAGGAACUUACUGGUACCUGCCCCCAGAAUGCUUUGUGGUGGGGAAGGAGCCGCCCAAAAUCUCGAAUAAAGUGGACGUGUGGUCAGUAGGAGUCAUCUUUUACCAGUGCCUCUAUGGAAAGAAGCCGUUUGGUCAUAAUCAGUCCCAGCAGGACAUCCUUCAGGAGAACACUAUUCUCAAAGCCACAGAAGUACAGUUCCCUGCUAAACCUGGGGUCUCACCUGAAGCUAAGGCGUUUAUUCGGCGGUGUUUGGCAUAUCGUAAGGAGGAUCGUAUCGAUGUCCAUCAGUUGGCCAGUGACCCUUUCCUCCUCCCCCACAUCCGUAAGUCUGUGGCCACCACCGGCGGCUCCGCUCCGGCCAUCGCCUCCACCUCCAGCUCCUCCAAUAGCAGCGCCUCAAACUGAGAGCCCCGCCCCCCACAGCGCCUGCCUGAUUGGUGGAGAGGGAAUGGGGUUGUACUGACUCCACCUCUCUCUGCUUUACUCUGGGGGGAGGGGGGCGGAGCCUCUGCCCAUCCCCCGCAGAAAGAGAAGGAAGAGGGGAGGAAAC